AAACCCCAACAGGAAAGCCUUGAAGAUUGUUGUGAAAGUAUAGUGAGAUGUUUUUGACAUUCUGAAGUUCAUCUUCAGUGGGGUAGAAAGGGUUGCAGUUUGAUGUCUAACGGCACAUCUGAUCGCCUUGGUGCCUGUCACGUACAUCUCACCUAGCACCGUUUCUAUGGACUGGUUACGGCAGUAGGCUGAGGGCCGUGAGGAACAGCUGAACCGCCAAACAGCAGCACAGUGUUCACCGAGAGUGUCUUUUGAACACUUCCAUAAAGAUGUCAUUUCUAGGAUGAAUGUGAUUUGGAGAAAUUAUAUUUGUCGUCUGAGGCAAGGGAAGGUGCCACACAGAUGUCAGAGUGGUGUCCACCCGGCGGCCCCUCUGGGGUCAAGGAUUUUAACUGAUCCAGCCAAAGUUUUCGAGCACAACAUGUGGGAUUAUAUGCAGUGGUCUAAAGAAGAAGAAGCAGCAGCUAGAAAAAAAGUAGAGGAAAACUCAGCCACACGAGUUGCUCCAGAAGAACAAGUUAAGUUUGAAAAUGAUGCUAACAAAUACUGGAACACAUUUUACCAGACUCAUAAGAAUAAGUUUUUCAAGAAUCGUAACUGGCUGUUGAGGGAAUUUCCUGAAAUUCUUCCAGUUGAUCAAAACACUAAAGAGAAAGUGGAAGAAUCAUCCAGGGAUCAAGUCAGAAGCAACUUCUCAAGAAUGCAGGGAACAGAAGUCCAUUGUCAAAAGAGCUGUGUCUCAUCAGACCCUCCAAGCAAAGGAAGAUCUAACUUUUCCAACCUGGACUUGGAAGAACACAGUAAAGGGCCUGGAAAGACAGAACGAUUUCCUGGUAGCAGUGCCACUUUCCGAAUACUGGAGGUUGGCUGUGGUGCUGGAAAUAGUGUUUUUCCAAUCCUGAACACCUUGCAGAACAUUCCAGGAUCCUUCCUUUACUGCUGUGAUUUCGCCCCUGAAGCCGUGGAUCUUGUAAAGGUAUCCUUUUCACAUGCGUCCUACAGUGAGGCCCAGUGUUCUGCCUUUAUUCACGAUGUGUGCGAUGACGGCUUAGCCUACCCGUUUCCAGAUGGGAUCCUGGAUGUCAUUCUCCUCGUCUUUGUGCUCUCUUCUAUUCACCCUGACAGGAUGCAAGCUGUUGUCCACCGACUGUCCAGGCUGCUGAAGCCUGGAGGAAUGCUAUUAUUUCGGGAUCAUGGAAGAUAUGAUAAUGCUCAGCUUCGAUUUAAAAAAGGGCGUUGUUUAUCUGAAAAUUUUUAUGUCCGAGGAGAUGGUACCAGAGCCUAUUUCUUUACAAAAGGGGAAAUCCACCAUAUGUUCUGUGAGGCUGGAUUACAUGAAAAGCAAAAUCUGGUUGAUCAUCGCUUGCAAGUUAACAGGAAAAAACAAGUGGCAAUGCACCGAGUGUGGGUUCAAGGAAAAUUCCAGAAACCGUUGCACUGGACUCAAAGGAGGUGAAAUUAGCAAUCUCCUUUCUCACAACUGAGCUAUGUAUCAUGCUAAGGUGUGAAACCGGGGUGUGAUGUUGUUCAAAGUCUUCUCCAAUGACAGCAGGAAGAUGAGCGUCUGUGGCCCUGCUGCUGCACUGUCUGUGCUCUUCGGACAUUUUCAGUGUAUGAAAGGAUUGUCCCACCCACCCUCUGUGCUUCCAGAACUUGAAGUACAUGUUUGUUUGGUUUUGUUUCAUCUAGCCAUGUUCCCUUGAAUUUUAUGAUUUUGAAUUAAAUUACUAAUAGUUUUGAAAAA